AUGUCGAAGUCGAACCCAUCUUCUUCGUGGAUCGCCCAAUUCAAACCGGGCGACCGGGUCGAGGUCAGCUUCGACGACCCCGGGUUCCGCGGCUCCUGGUUCGCCGGCACCGUCAUCCGCCGCGAGGCGAAGAACCCUAAUCGCUACAUAGUCGAGUACGACCAGCUCUACGAGGACGAAUUUGGGGAGAAGCUGCUGCAAGAAACCCUCGAUUGGAUCCAAUUGCGUCCGCCGCCGCCUCCCGAGAAGAAGAAGAAGGUCCAGUUCAAGUUCGGAGACAAAGUGGAGGCCUUCCACAGCGACGGCUGGUGGGAAGGGGCUAUUACUGCGGAGCACUCCGGCGGGAAAUUCGCAGUGUUCUUGAGAGGCUCAAAGGAGCAGAUUGUGUUUGAAGAGAAAGAUUUGAGGUUGCCUGUUCAGUGGGUUAAAGGGAAGUGGGAGCCACGAUUCGAACAGGUUCAGCGGGAGAAAGAGAUGGCAUUUGUUCUUGUUCGCAAUGUCUCAACCUCGUUGAAUCGCUUCAUAAACAUGCAGAGGUCGCUAGAGAAAACUGGAACUAGGCCAAGCAAAGUAGCAAAACGUGAGAGUUCGUCUGAGCCAAAGGCAGACUCAAAUUGUCCCAAGGAAGUGAUGAAGUUUACUCAAGGAAUACAAGUCGAGGUGACAACUGAAGACGAUGGUUUCAAAGGUGCUUGGUUUGCUGCAACAAUUAUUGAACCUUCGGGUGAAGACGAGUACCUUAUUGAGUACAAAACCCUGACGAAUGAUGAUGAUACUGAGUUUCUCAGAGAAGACAUUCGUGCUUGCAACAUAAGGCCUUGUCCGCCGGAGAUCACUGUUGUGGAUGGAUUCGAGGUGAUGGAUGAAGUAGAUGCUUACUACAACGAGGCCUGGUGGGUUGGCGUGAUUGCAAAGAUUUUGAUCAACUGCAAUUACGUGGUUUACUUUAAAUAG